AUGCAUUUUCUUUUAAUUAUGAAGGAAGUCCUUCCACAAGUAUACGUCAUAACACCCACCUACAGACGACAAGAGCAGUUGGCUGAUUUAACCAGAUUAGGGUACACGUUGAAGCAUGUUCCAAAUUUGUUAUGGCUAUUAAUAGAAGACUCUGAUUCACUAAAUCCACUUGUGGCGGAUCUUCUAAAGAAAAUUAAUGUUCCUUUCGUUCAUUUAAAUGGCAAGGUGCUUUCAAUUUUAAUCCCUAAUAGUUUCUCAUUCUCAAACAUUUCAGCAAGAAUGCCCGAAGAAUACCAAAAAAAGAAAGGCAAAACUCGUGGAGUUUCGAAUCGUAAUCGUGGUCUUGAGUGGAUAAAAAAAAAUGCAACUUAUGGAGCAUUUUACUUUGCUGAUGAUGACAACACGUACGAUCCUGAGUUGUUUGAAGAAAUACGAAAAACUGUCAAUGUUUCAAUGUUCCCCGUUGGGGUUUGUACACCAUACCAAGUUUCGUCACCUAUCGUUCGUGAUGGCAAGAUUAUUGACUUUUAUGAUGGAUGGAAAGCUGGUCGAAAGUUUCCCGUUGACAUGGCAGGUUUCGCAGUUGGCGUAAAGUUUUUUUUGUCACGUCCAAAUGCAACAAUGGCAUAUGUACAAGGAAGAGAAGAAGAAACUUUUCUUAGAAGCUUAGAUCCAUUAGAACUAUCUGAUAUAGAGUUGCUGGCAUCAAACUGUACAAAGUUCAAUUUUAUAGAAAUUUAUCAACAUCCCAUUUACAUAAUAACUCCAACUUAUCGACGGCCAGUGCAAUUAGCAGAAUUAACUAGAUUAGGAUAUACGUUGAAACAUGUUAGGAAUUUAUUUUGGCUGGUCAUUGAAGAAGCAGAAGAACCAACUCCAUGUGUUACGAAACUUUUAGAUGAAAUUGAUGUUCCAUUUGUUCAUUUAGUUGCCCAAAUGCCUAGUGAUAUUCCUAAAAGUGGACCAAAGCCUCGUGGUGUUGCAAAUCGCAAUCGAGGUCUUCAAUGGCUUCGUGCUAAUGCAACAAAUGGAGUUUUCUACUUUGCUGAUGAUGACAAUUCAUAUGACCUUGAACUGUUUGAACAGAUUCGAUUUACCAAAAAAAUUUCAAUGUUUCCGGUUGGACUUGUCAGUGACUUUGGAUUGUCUUCACCUGUUGUUCGGAAUGGUGAAGUAAUUGGUUUCUAUGAUGGAUAUGUCGCAGGUCGAAAAUAUCAAGUUGACAUGGCUUCAUUUGCCAUUAAUGUAGAAUUUCUCAACUCACGACCAAAUGCAGUAAUGCCAUACAAAGAAUCUAAGGAAGAAGAUGAAUUCUUAAAAGGCUUAGAACCAUUCGAAAUCAACGAGAUUGAGGCUUUAGGAUCAGGUUGCACUCGAGUUCUCGUUUGGCAUACUCAAACAAUCAAGGCGGAAAAAUCAAAACAAAUUGACCAUGAAAAAUAUGGCAACACAAAUUUGGAGAAAUUAGCAAAACUUAUAGUUUAA